CUGCUGACAUUCAAGGAUGUGACUGUGAACUUCUCCCAGGAGGAGUGGGAAUGCCUGGACUCUGCUCAAAGGGCUUUGUACAUUGAUGUGAUGUUGGAGAAUUAUGGAAACCUGCUCUCUGUGGGGAACUAUUAUAUAUGCGAUCCUGUCUAUCAACAUGUGAUGACUGAAAAGGAGUCUUGUCAGUAUAAUGAGUGUGGCAAAGUGCUUCAUGACCCCUGCACUUGUGCACUUUAUAGAACAAAUGAAACUAUAGAAAACACUAAUAACCACAGACGCAGUAAUCACAGGGAUGACUCUAUUGAUUCAUCAAACACAGAUCGACAUGAAAGUAUGCACAAUGGAGAAGAACCUUCCAAAUCUAAAGAUUGUGAUAAAUCUUUAAAUUUGUGUUCCAGCAUUACUCAAGAUCAGAGACUGUACACUGCAAAGACACAGCACAGACAGGGAGAAUAUGAUGACUACUUUGAUUCUACAUAUAGUCUUUUACAACAAAAAUUCUCCAUUGGAGAGAAACCACACCAGUGUAGGAAAUGUGGGAAAUACUUCAGUGCUGCCUCAAGCCUCACUAGACAUCAGAGAAUUCAUACUGGAGAGAAACCUUACAAAUGUGGAGAAUGUGACAAAUCCUUCAGCCAACGUUCAAAUCUUAGAGCACAUCAGAUAAUUCAUACUGGAGACAGACCUUACAAAUGUAUGGAAUGUGACAAAUCCUUCACCCAUAAAUGUUAUCUUCAGACACAUCAGAGAGUUCAUACUGGAGAGACCUUAUAG